GGCCCCCCGCGGGCGGCGCUUCGCUCCCGCCGCACGGCUGCUCCCGCGCGAUGGCCCGCCACCACCCGGAGCCCGACAGGUGAGCGGGACCCGGCGCCCCACGGGCCCGAGGAUGGGUCCUCCCGCCCCGCGGCCCCUCCCCGGCAUCCCUCGUUCCCCGCAGCCGGCCGUGCAUCCUCCCGCCGUUCCCGUCCCUCUGCCCCCACCCCCCACCCGCACCUCCCCGACCCUCCCGCGCCCUCGUUCCUUUCUCAACCCCCCCCAGACCGAGCCCCCAGCCCCACUCAAUCCCCCCAGCAUCCUUCCCAAUUCCUCCCAGCAUCCCUCCUAAUCCACCCAGCACGGUCCCCCUCCGCGUCCCCCACCCGCAUCCCCUAGCAUCCUCCCGUCUCCUUCGCCCUCCCCGCUGCCCCCUCCCCCACCCAGCACCAUCCCCACCCAUUGCCUCCCAACACCCUCCGUCUCCCCAUUCGCUUCACCCUAUUAACGGCUUCCUCUCCCUUGCUGGCUCAGGUCCAAGCCCACGGUCGCCCUUCCCAUUCCCCCCUCCCCCUCAGGAAGCCCCCAGGGAUGUGGGGUGCAGGAUCCUGGCCUUGCACCUGCGGUGGGUCUCCCCGUACCCCCCGCUCCAGACCAGGCCCCGGCCACGCUGCCGCCCGCCAUCCCCAGCAUCAUCUCCUCCAGCAGACAAAAGCGCUCUGUGAGCCAACAGCGUUCCCGCUCUGCAUUUCUGCUCCUUGUCACCAUUCCCCAUCCCUGCUCCCAGCAGUGGGGUUUUAUCCCCGACCCCAUGCUCCAGCAGCCCCUCUGCACCCUGGCUGUUUCCCAAACUGGCAGCGGCUGUGUGAUGGCGCAGGGAGGAGGGUGUUUAUCUUCUGCCUGCAAAACGUGGUUAAGCUGUUUCGCCUUUGGCCGGGGAGGGCUGAACAACGGAACCGCGCAGCUCUCACGUGAUGUGAGACAAAGCUGGAACUGCAGUUCUUCCCCGGAGUAAUUCUGUAAUUGAUUGAUCGUGAGGCAAAAUCUGUUACACCGCAUAGGGCUGGUUUGGUUUGGUUUGGUUUUUUUUUCCCCACUCCAUUUCUCUUCCUCAACCCGCGUUUUUUAGCUGAUGAGGAGUGCAAAGCAGGGCUAUCAGCCAACUGCAGGCAAACCUUGUUUAGCGCGGCAGCACCUGGCGAAGCUGCACAGCAUUUUCCCCAGCCUUGCAGGUACUCUCAGUGUAGUUUUUGCAGGAUGAACACCAUUCCUGUUCCAGCAGGACUCCCAACUGCAGCAGCUCCGUUUUGCUCACGUCGCUUCGCCUCCUCCCUCCCUUGCUCCUCAGCCCGAAGUUGUAAAGGUUAUUUUCUUGCUGCUGGGAAGGCGGACGUGCCGGGUGUUUGCUUCUGAUUGCACAGUGAAGCACAGAUGGAUGUCACCUGCUGACGGUUAUUCUGGGUUGGCUUUGUGGAGCUCCAUGGAAAGGUUUCCACAUCUGGUCCUUAAAAGUUGGAAAUAGUAAAUCUCCUUUCUCAGGAGCGAAGGGACAGUGAAGAUAUGCCUGGGUUUGCCAUGGGCUGCCAGCAGGUGGUCAAAUUGGAACCAUUUGCCUCUUCUGGAUCAUCUGGUCUGUCUGAGCUUCAUACAUUGCUAAAGAAGAUGAAUAACGUUUUCAUCCUGCUGCUCUUCCAGGCCUGAACACGGAGCAAAGGGCUGAAAACCACCGGGGACUAUUGACUAGGCUUCUGUUCCUGCUCGCUUCUUUCAUUUCCUGAGAGAAAAAGGGGCUGGGGAGCAAGGCUUGCCCUCAUGGGAGCUGCUGUGUCAGAGCUGGGUAUCCCCAGCAGCACUGUAUCGUGGUUUUGUAUGUGAUGAGGGCAGGAGCUGAAGUCCACGAGCAGUAUUUGAGAAAAUCUGUUUUUAAGCACCACCCUCUGUCAUUACUGUUCAACUUGCCUUAAAACCUGCUUGGUUUCCUCACAUUCUUUGGCUUGGAUGAAAAGGUGGCUCAGGAUUGCCAGGUCUUCUCAUGCAUUUCCCAUUUUGUCUUCCAGCGGAAUCGAAUCUCUAUCUGCAGAUGAACACGAACUGGAGACCUCUUGUGAGGACAGCACGGGCGGUGCAGGGGAACUGCCAGCAGGAGAGGGCAGCUCCGGCAGCGGCUCUGGCAGCCCCAGCAGCAGCUCUAACAGCAGCUCAGAAGAUGACUCAGAUACAGAGGAGUCGGACACGGGGCGGUCAGAUGAAGAACAAGAAAAGAAAGAAUCACAGCCAGUUUGCAGUGAAUCAGGUGGGGAGGACUGUCUGCCCCACUGUGAGCACUGCAGAAAAGAAAAUGUCCAGAGGGAGCAAGUGACACCUAGAAGGCUUUCUGGAGAACAAUAUUUAAUGAAGCUGGAUGCAGAAGGCACAUACGAGUGCAGUGUCACCGGCCUGAUUUUUGACGUGACCAAGGCAGUCACCAUCAACUACUCCCUGCUGUCCUGGAGCAAAUACGCCGGGCUGGUAGAGCCGCCAUGGGUGGUGGGCGGCCCGCUGUUCGACGUGCGCUGCGAGGCGCCCUCCGCCCUCACCUCCAUCGCCUUCCCGCACUCCCUCUGCCUCGGCGAUGGUGGCUCCCAUCCGGCCUUCAAGGUGCUGCACAUCAAGGGUGCAGGUGCGGCCAUCGAGCCAUCCAUGGACUUCUCGGCCUCGCACGUGCGGUGGCUGGUCAGCUCGCUGUCCCCUGUCGGGCCGCUCAUCCGCAGCGAGGAGCCCCUGCUCUACCAUGGUGCUGUCGUCCUCUACAAGGCCAUCGAUGACGACCCCUCCUUGCUGUUCCGGGUCUACGUGGCGACGAACAACGACUCCUUCAUCAAGGAUAUAUCAAGAGCAGUAAAACAUUCCAAAAAGAAAUUCAUUAAAAUUGACAAGCCCCCCGUGUGCCAGAAAUUACUACAGAAUGGAAAGAGAUACAGAUUGAUUUGUGAACCAGAAGCUGAAAUAAAUCCAGAGGAAAUUGAAUUUGUUGAUGGAUCUCUUUUGAAGCUGAAGAGUUACAUUGAAGUCUAUUUUGAGAAACCUGAUGACUUCACCUUAUCUUUGGUUGAACUGGACUCGGAUGCAGUUGUAUGGAAAGCAAAACUAAGAGAAAGUGACUGGAUACAUUAUGACCAGAACAAAAAUGAGCAAACAAGAAUUCCAAGCAGUGUCAAAAGGCGGAAAUCAACCAACAGCUUUUCUGAAGAAGAGAAACACUGUAACAAAAAGCAAAGGUCUAACAAUUAUACAGAUGGAAUUAAAACCAGAAGCUUGCUAACUGAUCAACAGCUGAUGGUAAUUGCAAAGUUGUUUGGCGUGGAGUGGAAAGAAAUUGCCAUUGAGUGCCUUCAGAUGGAAAUGAAAGACAUUCAGCAGAUUCAAGCAAAUGAAGAGGUAGUCAAUAUCCAGAAAUUUCUGAUGUUAAGCAAGUGGAGAGAAAGAGAGCAGAGCAACGGGACUGCACAAGCCUUGUGCAACAGGCUCCGUGAAAAAGUGUCGUAUGAAAUUGUGCAAGCACUAGAAGGCUUUUUGGCUGAGUGAUGAGUUGGAGAAGUGGAUGAGAAGUCGUGAACUUUCCCCACCCAAAUGGUUAAACUUUUCAAGCUAUUUUCCUGGGAUUUCGUUGUGAUGAAGAUCCAAAUCAUAAUCAGUCAGCGGAAAGUUUAGAGCGUCUUCAAAAGAAAUGUGAAUGAAAUUUUGCACCUACGUAAGUGUAAGUAGCAUUCUGGGAGUCAUUACUCGCGCAUUUGCAUACCAGUCAUUGCAGCUGGAUGGAAGUGCCAGGCUUGACGUGCCCAAAACUGAAAGCUGCCACUGAAUCUUGUCGUGUUUGAGCCAAUCCUGAAAGACAACGAGCACUGGGAGAAAUGGCUUUACCUUUACCAGGUAUAUGACUGUUAUAUUGAAACACUUUUAUUUGAAUCAGGGAAAGACGAGGGAGAAAAGUUGUAUCAAAACUUUCAUCCCCUUAAAGUAACGAAACUGUCAGAAUCAUGAGGUACAUUGUAUUGCUCAGAGAUGCCUAGGAUCAGGGAAAAAAGACUCCUUAAACUUGCAGAUAAACUCCUUUGCGGAAUCACUGUUUAUACACAACCACUGUAUGUAUCCCCAUGCGCUCACCUUGAGCUGUGGUUCUGUUUCCUUGAACCCGAAGACCACUGUCAUUGUAGCACCACUAAGAACUGCGGGCAGCUUUGAAUCUUCUGUGGGAUUUUCUUCUCUCUGUACAGUCUGUCUCAAUUUUUAUGAGAUUUUUUUUUUUUAUGGCAUAUUUCUUUUUUGUACUAUGAACUUUUUGUACUUCUUUUUUUACGUGGUUAAUUUUAACUUGAAUAGAAGGGGGGGGCUUAAGCUAAAAUAGAGAAAAUCAGGAUCUCCAGGAUGGUUGUUAUCCCGAGGGCAGGACCUGUAGCACACCGUUGUAAAAGAUCUGAAAAUAAUGUGACUUGCUGAACAGAAUGAUGGCCGGAGUGUGUCCCGUUUGCAGACACAUUGUUCUUUUCAUCAUCUCCUGCUGUGUAUGUUUACGGAGAAAAAACAACAGACGUACUUUUAAAUAUAAGGAUUAAAAAGAGAAUGUUUUGGCUA